AUCCGUUUUCCAAAAUGUCGGGCGGAGAGGAGGAACGAAGACCUUUGUUGACAAAUAAUAAACCUGAUAAUGCUAGUCCACCGCCUCCUUACACAGCUAGAGGAGGCAUUUUAGAAUUGCCACCAGAUGAAAGUAAUACUGGUAUUGCUGCAAGUGUUCCACCAAUCAGUCCAGAUGAGUUACCCCCACCUUAUACUCCCACCCCCCAAGGUGGUAUACCCAUGAUAAAUUGUAAAGUAUGUCAGGCUAUGAUCAAUAUUGAAGGAAAACAACAUUUGCAUGUUGUAAAAUGUGGUGUCUGUCAGGAAGCAACGCCUAUAAAAGCUGCUCCACCAGGAAAGAAAUAUGUCAGAUGUCAGUGUAAUUGUUUGUUAAUAUGCAGAGAUAGAGCUGUGAAAAUUGCUUGUCCGAGAUCAAACUGUGGUCGUAUUGUAAAUCUAGGCGGUGUUUUUCCAAGUGUAACAGUUAGAUCACCUGGCUCAGUUAGAGCAACCUGUGUACAUUGUGCUCAAGUUUUUAUAUUUGAUGUUUCUACUAGAUCAUUAGCAAGAUGUCCACAUUGUAGAAAUCUGUCUGCUGUGGGAACAAACUAUGCGAGAAGAAGAGCUCAUAUUUGUUUAAUAUUGGCUCUUGUUUUUAUUGGUGCUGGUAUUGGAGUAACUAUGGGAACAUUAGAAGUUGCAAGAGAAAAUGGUGGAAUAUAUGUUGUGUGGACUGGAGCUUUUAUAAUAGGUUUAUCGAUGUUGAUAAGAGCUUGCUAUUUCUACACGGUAAGAACUAGUACAAUUAUCAGUGAAACCUAGAUGACGAGUGGAAAGCUAUCGCAGAUUUACUCUUACAAUGGAACCUGGCCUUUCUAACAAUUGAAAAAUAUGGACUAAAUAUCUUGCAUGUAUUUUGUGUUACAGUAUCAGGUUUAAAUACAAUCUGAUUAAGGCACAGAUUUUGUAUCAUUUGCUUAUAUAUAGUUUAAGUGUUUCUUUGACAUCACAGCAGCAGGACCUGGAUUAAUUCUUAAACAUACAAGAACUAAAUCUGCCUAUUGCAGGUCUUUCUUUAGGCAUGAAAUGUUAUCUGAAUUAUUAAUUAGACAUUAAUUAACUUGUCUAGACCAUAAUCAACUCUUGAUGCCAUCGCUAGCCUGCGAUAUUUAGCGGAUUAGAAUACAUUUUGUAAAACAUAAUUAAAUGCAAAAAUGGAUAAUCGAGACAUUGUUUUUUAUCGUACCAACUUUAGUAAUGAUGAUCGAGGCUAGCAUAAAAUUCAAAAGCUAAUAUCAAUUUAACUGAAAUUUUCAGCAUAUUCCAUUUAUGUUAUCUAUUUUUUAACUAUUAUAGCGAGAACUGUCAACUCUUUAUCUAAUCUCCCACAAUGCCCCUUUAAUUAAACCAUUAAAUUUUUCUCUUUGAUGAACAUAUGAAAUGGUUUGGGCUUUUUUCAAGUUUUGCUGCUCAAUAAUGUAUGUCAUUUACUCAUUUGGUGACCUCCUAUGCCAACCGGUAAGAUCUAUAUUUAAUGGGAGCUCUUAAAAUUAUAUGAUAGAACAGAAAUUUUUCUUUAUGUCUGCGUUUGAAUCAGGUUGUGUUAAAUACAACCGAUUGUAUCCCCUCGCCCCCCACUCUAUAAAACUUACUCUCAACAGAUUUUUAUUAUUCACUAUCUCAUACAUUCCAGUAAUAGAACAAAUUUCUUGUCCCCUUCAUUUAUAUACAAUUGACAAUGUUUUUAGCUUAAUAGAGAUUAUGACUUCACUUUUAUUUGAUACUUAAGUAUAAAAACGAUAAAAUGUCUUAUUCUCUCUCUUGAAUUUAAACUUUUGACUCUUGGAGUAUCUUAGUCGCAUUAAUUCUACCUCCCUGUUUUGACCAAACUAUCUUUGUUAAGAAAUUGUGUAUGUCCUUAAUGAAUAUAACGUAUUGUACUAAAUUCUGUGAUAGAUAUGAUAAGAAUCUGGUUACCUGGUAAAUGAGGAAGUAUUAAUUUUUAUGAAGUAAAAAUCCAUAUUGGUGCAAUCAAGUAAAUUGAAUUAUAUUAAUAUUUACUGGUAAUUUAGAUGUACUUAAAUUUUUCCGGUUGAUUGAUAUCAGAAAUAUUUUAAAUUUUUCUACGUUGCAUAAAGUUGUGAUAUAUUUGUUUAUAAGGCCUAUAUUGGUAGUUAAUAAAGCAUCAUUUGUUUAAUAAUACAUCAAUGAGAGGUCAUUUAAAUGAUUGUUUUCAUGGUUAUUAGUUUGUUAAAUUUUUGUUUGGAUGAUUGACCAAAAAUUGAUAUUAUUUUUGGUUUUAAGUGUAAAUAGUUUCCCCUUAUAUAUAGAUACCGUUAUGUUGUGCCAUAUACAUGUAUCCUCAAUAUUUCUUUUUAUUAAUGUAUGAUAACUUGUUAAUUUGUUGUUUGCUCAUAUAACUAAAAUUCCUACACUGAGAAUAGUUUUGAAUUGUUGAGGCAAUAUUGUUUUGUUUAUAUCAACUUGAUUUGAAUAUAUAUGUUAUAAUUUAUUUAAGAUGUUUGCUUAACAAACAUAAAGAUCCACUUUUUGAUAAUUAACAUGAUUUAAAAAUUUUGAUUUUACGGAGAGAUAAACAAGUUGAUUCAUUGUAAAGAUGUAUUUUGUUGUGCAGAGCUACAUUUUGUUAUCCAUGACUGUUAUGACAUUGUAAGUUGUUGACUUAAUUCUUCAAUAUUGAUUUUACACAUUUCAUUUUAUUACUGAUUAUCAUCAAUGAGUUUGAUGUGACUAAUUUUAAAUACAUAAAAAAUAAGAGUCAUAUAAUAGGAGUAGUAGAUUAGUUUUCUUAUAGCAUUUUUUUUUUUAAAUCUUCCAUAUGUGAGCGAAAAAAUGAUCAAAGUUGUACAAAGAAAAUUGUAUAUAAUUAUUGUCUAGUUAUUUUGAAGUAGAUUGAAUAUGUUACAAAUAUUUAUUGCAGAUUAUGUUUUUAAUAUUUUUAAUGUUAUGUUAUAAUACAAUCAACACCUUAUAAAGAAGCUCCAUGUAAAGUGCUAUGAACUUGAACUUUGUAAAAUAAAACUUACCAGUGUGUCAAGAGGUCUAAUAUUAGCAAUCACAUGCAUGUACAUUUUAUAUUCUCACUUGAAUUAAUAUUUCUUGACAGCACUAAAAAUUAAAAUUUCUUUGAUGAAAUGAAAUUUUUAACUGCAUAAAUAAUGUGAAAUUGAAAUAAUUAAAUUUUUGUUGAAGUAUU